AUGCUGCUUUGGAUUGUUCUGCUGAAUGCGGCUCUUUGUGUUGCUAGUGGAAACGUUACAAGGGACGUUUGUAAGGAGCAGAUAUGCUCUUGCAACGACAUCGAGGGAGAUCUGCACAUAGACUGCGAAAAAAGGAGCUUCACCACUCUGCAGCAUUUGACUGGCCCGAGCUCGCAGUUUUAUCACUUGCUGUUGCACGGGAAUUCUCUAUCCAGGCUAUUUCCCAACGAGUUCGCCAACUUUUACAAUGCUGUGAGCCUGCAUUUGGAAAACAAUGGUUUGCACGACAUUGUCCCCGGCGCCUUUCUGGGAUUGCAGCUGGUGAAAAGGUUGCACAUCAAUAACAAUAAGAUAAGAUCAUUCAGGAAGAGUACAUUUCUGGGGUUAGACGACUUGGAAUAUCUCCAAGCUGAUUUUAAUCUGUUAAGAGAUAUUGACCCCGCCGUUUUCAGGGACCUAAAUAAACUUGAAGUGUUAAUACUUAACGACAACCUCAUCAGUGCGCUACCUAUAAACGUGUUUCAACAUGUGCCCAUUACGCAUCUCGACCUGCGGGGGAACCGAAUCAAAACGUUGCCUUAUGAGGGGAUCCUUGAACAAAUACCGGGCAUUGCGGAGGUUUUGUUGGAGGACAACCCGUGGGACUGUAACUGCGACCUGGUUUCUCUUAAGGAAUGGUUGGAGAACAUACCGCAGAACGCGCUUAUUGGGAGCGUUAUAUGUGAGGCUCCCACCAGGCUGCAAGGGAGCGACUUGAAUGAGACGUCAGAAGUGGAUCUGUGCCCUUCACAGAGCGGCGGCGUGGACACCAGCCUGGUCGCCCCUCCCACCCAGGACGAGACCUCGGAGCCCGUGGCUCAGGCCCCGCGUCCCACGCCUUACAAGCCCAACGGAGACGCCAGUGGGGUCCCUACACCUGGAGGCCACGGACCCCGGAGCCGCUCCAAAUCUCGUGAGAAUUGGCAGCUGAAAACGAAGCCCACUCCGGUGCUGACAGGUGUGAACAGCGACAGAGAGCACAACGUGACGUGCCCCCAGCCGUGCAAUUGCAAGCUGGUCGGCUCCAGACAGGGGCUGGGGGUCAACUGCGAGGGCAAAAAGAUCGAAAGCCUAUCCAACCUUAAACCUAAACCAUUGGGCGCUCAUGAGUUGAACUUGAGAGAUAACAACAUCCACGCAGUGAAGAAGAACCAGCUGCUCGGUUACUCCAGCCUCAACCUGCUUGAUCUGGGUGGGAACAACAUCAAGGUGAUUGACAACAGCACUUUCCAAAACCAGAGCGAGCUGAGGUGGCUGUAUAUGGAUAAGAACUACCUGGAUACGCUCAUAGCAGAGAUGUUCGUGGGCCUUGUGAAUCUGGAAUAUCUCAGUUUGGAAUACAACGACAUCCAGCUGAUAGUGGCAGGUGCGUUCAGCCCCAUGCCAAAUCUGAGGGUUCUGUUCCUCAACAACAACUUGCUGAAAUCUUUACCCGUGGAUGCUUUCCUUGGGAUUUCUUUAUCCAAAAUUAGUCUGCAUAAUAAUUAUUUCCCCUAUCUCCCCGUGACUGGUGUGUUAGACCAGCUCAAUUCAAUCAUACAGAUCGAUUUGCAUGGGAAUCCGUGGGAUUGCUCGUGCAACAUCGUGCCCUUCAAGCAGUGGACGGAGAAACUGGGGGCUGAUGUGAUAGUGAGUGAUCUCAAGUGUGAGUCCCCUGAAGAGUUUUGGAAACGUGAUUUCCGCUACGUCCGGAACGACCUCAUGUGCCCCAAACUCUAUGACAGAAUCUCCCCCACCUCCCUAUCCAAAAACAGCACUUUCACCCUGGACUCGGGGACGCGCUCGAACUCUUAUUUGGAGCCGAAUAGGGUCUCCAUUUCUGUGCUCGUCCCCGGGUUGCUGCUGGUGUUUGUCACGUCCGCUUUCACUGUAGUAGGAAUGCUUGUCUUUAUUUUGCGGAAUCGAAAGAGAUCAAAGCGGAGGGAGGGGAACUCUUCUGCGUCGGAGAUCAAUUCCUUACAGACAGUGUGUGACUCGUCUUACUGGCACAGCGGGCCUUAUCACGCAGACGGGGGCGCGCACCGGGGCUUCGACUGCAGCACGCACCUCUCCACGACAAACGAUGCGUAA